AUGAAGAAUAUUGUCAAUUCUGAUCGUCCAUUGUUUUCAAACGAUUAUGUUACUCUAUAUUCGGAUUAUUUUCUGAUUAAUUUAUAUUAUUUUCCAUUUGGAAAGAAGAAAAUCUUCUAUAAAAAUAUUCGUUCAUGUGAAUUUUGUUCAACAGAUGAUUUAGACAUGUUCAGUUAUAAAUUAUGGGGAAUGUCAUUAACACCGAUCUGGUGGCAUUGUGAUUGGAAGCGACUUGCAAGGAAAUUUUAUAUUUUAAUUGAUGCAAAUCAAUGGCCUUCAAUUGGAAUUACAAUGGAUGAUAAAGAUAUCGCUACGGUUUACAAUUUAAUUAAACAACAAAUGGAUUUCAGUCAUUCGAUGAUUUAUCAAGAAAAAUCAUUACCGAUCGAUUCGAAAAAUUCAAUCAAAGCAUAA